AUGGCGGGAAUCACACAAGAACGUGCGCGAGAAAUAAUCACUGAGAUCUUCAACCAAUCUGGGGGCUUCUUGACCGAUGAUGAGCAGCAAGGUGUUCUUGCUAAUGUCCUCGGUGCCCCUGUGCGCGAGGCUGCCGCUAGAGCAUGGACUUCUGACACGCGCUUCGUUUAUGAAAUGAUCCAGAAUGCCGAGGAUUGUUCUUAUAACUCUGCAAAGUCGAAGAACGCAAUACCUUCGUUAAAAUUCUAUGUGUUUUUGGAUCGGAUCGUGGUAGACUCCAACGAAGAUGGCUUCGAGGAAAGCCAUGUUCGCGCUAUAUGCAGCGCAGGGAAACGGAAAAAGGAAGGAAAACUCGGCGAGAAGGGGAUUGGCUUCAAGUCAGUGUUCAAGAUCGCAUCAAAAGCUCGAAUUCAGUCUGGCCCCUUUUGUUUCUCGCUUCGACAUCGGGAUGGAGAGAAUGGUUUGGGGAUGAUUGCCCCCGUCAACGAAAUCCACGAACCGCUUCCAGACGGGGUGCGAACUCGGUUCACUCUUUUCUCUCGCCCGGAAAAGUGUCGAGAAAUUCAAGAUGAGCUCCUAAGAUUGCCGCACACCAUCAUUGCUUUUCUCUCCAGGCUCCACAUGUUGAGCUUCUAUUUAUCCCGAUCAAGUACGUCGUUAAUGUUCAGCCGACCCACUAUAGAGCCGAGUCUCGUCUGUGUGGAAACCAGACAUUCUACAGUAAUGGUCCAUAGAUAUAUUCCUUUCAGGAGAAAGGUGGCUGGGCUUCCGCCGCGAGAGAGCCGUCCGCUCAUCGAGGAUGUCGAGGUGGUUUUGGCCUUCCCGCAGGAUGGUCGGGCACUCACUACACAGCCUUUCGCUCAUUCCUAUCGCCCUCUACGUGGAGCAGGGUUAAACUUCCUCAUCCAGUCUGAUUUUGUCACCCAAGACAAUGGGGAAGAUCUGGUAGCCUGUCCCUGGAAUGAUCAUAUCCUGGAUUCUCUCCCUGGAGUGUUUUUUGCCGCGCUUCAAGAGAUCUGCUCCAUACCCGAGUUCGAGAAAAUCUGGCCUCAGUUUCUUCCAGACGACAAGAUCAAGGACUCGCCAUGGUCCCCUUUCUACGAGAGAUUGCUGAGAGAUCUGAAGCAUAUUCCUGUCUUUAAGACAAGGAGAGGGACACUGAAGUCGUUAGAAGACGUCCGAUAUCUGUUACCAGAACACUGUGAUAGUAAUGGUGAACCCUUGUUGGAAGAUCUGCAAGAAGAUAUUUAUCUUUCUUCCCAGUACGCCGAUUACUACGGUCUUCUUGAACCGUUCGGCCUUCAACCUAUUUCAUCGCGUCAAUUACUGGACAGACUGCGACCUUAUCUCGAAAACCCGCAGCCACGACUCCUAGUGGACAGGUUCUCCGAGACUUCGAUUAUUAUGAAGCGAUUCCAUGAGAACUGGCACAGCAAGGUAGCAGGGCUUUUGUUGUCCUGGUUAAAUUGUCCUCAGGACGACGUUGUGGCGAAGCAAAUUGAGCACCUUCAAAUCGUUCCUGUGAACAAGGGAUGCAGGUCAAUUGUACUAAAGAGCCCCAAGGAUAGCGCUAUCUACUUUCCACAUGACACUAGUGGCAAUCUUAUUCCGAGCGGCGUUGUGGAUGUAGUGCCAGUGCCUGAAGUUGUAGAUGUUGCACGGGUACGACUAUAUACAAGAUUAGGUGUCAAAGCUGCAGAGCCUUCAUUUGUGAUUGAACGGAUCUGCGAUUGGAAUAUGAGGGCUGCAGAACGCCCCUCCCUUGAGGAAUCGAUCUGCAAUCUCCGAUACGUUUAUGCUACCGCUCCAAGCAGAAGCGCGAUCAAUGCUAAAUGCAUAUUUCUCUAUGAUAGCGACGGCAAGGAGCUCGAAAUGCCGCAAUACGGGGCCAGCGAAUGGAAGCGGGCAGAAGACCUAUACUUCAAGAACAAUGACGGUUACGGCAUGGAUGCAGUUAUGCAGGUUCUUCAGCGCCGAUGCCCGCCCCUGGUGGACUUACAGUACCCUAAAUUUCUGCAUCCGGCUUAUACAGCUGGUUCCUUAUCCAAUGAUCCAUGGAUGAAGUGGCUCGAAGGAGUAGGGUCAAUCCGACAAGCCCCGAGAUUAGAAACCCCAGGUCCAGCUCCUCGGCCGUCCAAGUUAUUGCGGCUUGUUGUCAGAUACGCUCCCGAUAUUUUAAUCAGCAUGCUUAAAGACAACUGGAAUGUCUACGCCAUGGAACUAGCGAGUGUGUGCCCAAGUACUCUAUCAGAAAUUAUGAAUGCCAGUGUGCCUGUCGAUUGUGGUACCGAACCUCUCAAAAGAAGCUUCCUAGGGACACAUGAAAGAAGAAACCUAUGGUCUGGUACAUACUUGAAGGACAAGUUCCCCUUCCUGAAGAUUCUUUCCAGCAGGGAAAACGAUGAUCUUAAGGACUGGGAAUUUCUGGCCCGAUUUGGCGUUGGUACAACUAUGGCGGAGUUCUUAGUAGGAAGUGCUAAGAGGCUGUCAAUGAUGCCUCUUAGCCAUGCAAGAGAUGGCUUCUUCAAGCUGUACGAGUUGCUAGCUGACAAUUAUUACGAUGGAUUUUGGGAUAGUCCGACACCUCCAGCCAUUGUCUAUCUUCCUCAGCCAGACUCAGAUGAUGCCUGGAUCCCAUUGACGAAAAAUUGUGUGUGGAGUGUCUUCCCAUUUACUAAUGGACAGUAUGCCAUACGCCACCUCUAUCCUGGUCUGGAAGACCUCUUCGUUGACAGGCUACGCGUAGACGUGCCGGAUAUAUGUUCAUACAUUGAUAAAAUCCAGUGUAUGAUGGCGUCGGACAGCAGCAACAGCGAGAUUUUGGUGGUUCUCAAAGAGCUCAGUAGCCUUCGUCCCACCGCACUUGACCUCGAGCCUCUGAAGAUGAUUAGAUUUCUACCUGUUCGAAAGGGGGUCAACAAUAUCAUCUACGCGACAGUGAGCUAUCCAUUUCUCAUCGUCGACGAUGAUCGUCUCCAAAUCGAUACCCAUGUUCCGGUUCUUAACUUCGCCCCGGAAGAUGUAUGCUGCUUACGACAAUUCUUUUCAGCCCUCGAUCUCCAGGAGCGUUAUGUAUCAAAUCAGCUUAGAGAAACAACAGUCAUUACAGGCAAUGCGGAUAAAUCAGCUGAGCUUACACAUGAUUUGCGGCAGAGGGCACAGUUUUUACUUCGAGUCUCUAUCCUUCCUUACGGCAAGGUCGAGGAAAUCUUCUCCCAGGCAACAGUGUAUACAACCGAGAAUAUCUCACGGCGCUUUAAUUUGGGCGAUGGACUAGAAACAGGCAGUUACCGAGGACUAUCGCACCUGGAAAAAAUUGAUGGAAAUCUUCAAGUGUUUGUCCCUCGUGAUGAAAGUCAACGAGCGAUUUGCUACGCAACGGCACUACCUCGAGCACUCGUGCUCUAUCUUGGUAUAGACGACCGGAUGGCAUGCGGAACAUUUGCUACCGUCCUCCGAGAGCCUGUCGAUAUUCUAGACGCCGUCCUCAAUGAGAUGGGCAUCAUCCAUCUCGCAAUGGAACAAUCCAAAGAUCUAGUAAUCCGCACAAAGAAUCAGGCAGAGUCGGAGGAAAUAGGCUUUAAUUUAAGCCCCAGCUUGAAGGAUGCUCGACCUGUCCGAAAAUCCUUGUCAAUCAAUUUGAAAGCUAGUGAAGCGUACAUAGAGGAACAAGAUAGUCCUUCAGAGAGUCUGACCACCCUGACGGAGAGUUAUAAUACUGCAAAUGAAGAUCAUGAGUGUAUCUCGUCAAACAUUAUUUUGAGUUACUACGGAUCUGAGCCUCAGGACCGAUGUCUUACAAUCACGGAAGCUGCUUUGAAAAGCGCGGCAGAGGACACCGAUACCCGUCAAUUGGCUCUUUUACUUGAUCAUAUUGGCACUCAAGGUCAGCCUGUGACAGUUUCGCAAGACGUUCUAGAGGCUGCGGCUGCAAAUGAACUCUGUGGGCAAUCUAUGCUAAGCCUCCUGCUUGAAUUUUCAGAUUCGCGCGGGCAGAUUGGCAAAGAAAUAGAAAUGGACGCAAUUCUGAAGUCUGCAGUAAGGAAUGAAGAAUGCGGCCGAAAAGUGACGGAGCUACUUCUCCAUUACAUGAAACUCCAGAAGAAAAAGGUCACAAUCACAGGUGCUAUCUUGAAAGCAGCAGCGGAAAGUUCCAAAUCUAGCAAUACUCCAUUGAGCAUCCUUCUGGAACACGACCAUGAUCCGGUUACAGAAGACAUUGUCGUCGCAGCCGCAAUGAACGAAGACUCUGGCUAUCAGAUAAUGAGCUUGCUUUUGGACUACGAUUGCGAUACUUGGAUAUCACCAGCUAUAUUCGAAGCAGCUGCGAGUAACCUUCAUCAAGGUCCACAGUUAAUGGCCGUUCUGCUUCGUCAGAACGGUGAGAAUAUCCGGAUCACAGAAGAUAUUAUCAUAGCAGCAGCGCAUAAUGAUGUGUCAGGUUUGGAAGUUCUGAGCCUCCUUAAACAGCAUAAUGGUGGCUAUCUUCCAGUGACGGAAGCCAUCCUGGUUGCAGCUGCAGAAAGCGAGAAUUGCCAGGAAACCAUAGACUUGUUCGUGGAUAUUUACAGCUGGGAUCUUCCACUUACCAACGACGUCUUAGAAGCUGCUGCAAGAAACCCGGCUUUUGGAAAGGAGAACCUGGCUCAGUUACUGGAUCACCUGGCUCAUCCUCAAAUCACGAAAGAAAUCAUGAUUGCCGCUAUUUCCGACAGUGAAAAGGUCAAUCUGCUACGUACCGUCUCAUAUUGCGAUACCUUUGCCAUCGUUGAGGCAGCGGUUGGGAGUCUAGAAUCGUGUCUUCAGGAGACUCUACUUUAUGAACUAUGCGACGAACUAGGCGACUCAAUCAUAGAUUCAGCCCUUGAAGCAGCUGCCGCAAAUCCAGUCAAUGGCUUCAAAGCAGUUUCCCUCCUUCUGAAAUUUUGCAGCGAGGAUCACAAAUUCUCCGAAGGUACGUUUCUCGCAGCAGCGAGGAACCCAAGAAGUGGUGAAGAUAUCCUGGGUCUCCUGCUGAAGCGGCAGCCUGAUAUCCAGAUUACCGCAGAGCUUAUCACGGCAGCUACGACUGCAGACAACCGUACACUGGAGCAGCUAAUUCGGCACCUCAUACAAAAACAUCCUUCUACGGCUAUCAGCCCUCUGAUCCAGAUGACAGAGAGCUUCUUAGAAGCAGUAACGGGUAAUUGGAAUUGUGGCGAAGAUGUGCUCCGUCUCCUAUUCGAAACCCGAACAGGAAACGACGGCUCUAUCCCGAUCACGCAAGCAGCCCUCAUCAACGCCGCUAGCAAUGUUCAAUGUGGAUUUGAAGUUAUAGUUAUAUUACUUGACCACGGUGGCCCAAAUCUCAAAAACUUGAUAACAGAGGAUGUCAUAAUAGCAGCGGCAGGAAAUUCUUUAUGGGGCCUAGAAAUUCUAGCCCUUCUUUUAGACCGGGAAUACACCAUUUCUUUCUCGGUGGAUGUAUUCAGCGCUGCGGAGCGCAAUAUAUGGUGCGGUGAAGAAAUCCUAGCUCUUCUGCUUGAACAUCAGGCUUUCGACGCUGAGGAUGCGGAUGCAGAUUCGUCUGACGAUGGGGAUUUCUGUGAAGACACAGAGGCUGCAGAGCCAGUAAAUCUUUAUGAUUUGGAUUCCGAUGAUGAUCUAUGA